GGAAAAAGCAUGUAAAGAUGGCGGCGACAAGCGACUCUAACACGUCAAAUAAUACUACCUCUGAUCCCUCGAAAAGACCAGGAAAUUCACAUAUGACGCCUUCUGACUUUAGUAGACCUGUUAAUCUACAGAGAAUCGCCCAAAAGAAAGAACAAGUCAAGUCCUUCACCAGGAGAAAAAAGCUUGAAAAGCUUGGCGUGUAUUCAAGCUGUAAGGCUGAGGAAUCUUGUAAAUGUAAUGGUUGGAAAAAUCCCAAUCCUCCACCAACCCCUCCUCGUCUUGACCUAUCUCAACCACUGGCCAGCCUUACUGACCCAUGYCGCAGUUGUAACCAUCCACUAGGGUCCCAUAUAUCACAUCUACAAAGCUUAGAAGAAGAUGAACUUGACAGGUUGCUCUGCAUGGUGGUUGACGUAGAGAACUUAUUCAUGUGUGUCCACAAAGAAGAAGACCCUGACACUAAACAAGUCUACUUUUACCUCUUCAAACUCCUGAGGAAAUGUAUUCUUCAGAUGUCAAGACCUAAAGUCGAAAGUUCACUUGGUACACCACCUUUUGAGAAACCAAGUAUUGCUAAGGCUGUCCUUAACUUUGUCCUGCACAAGUUUGGUCACCUUCCCCAGCGAGAAUGGCAGAUAAUGCAUGAUUUAGCCAAGAUGUUCUUACACUGUUUGAAUCACUGGAAACUGGAGACUGUAUCAAUGAAGAAACAACAAUCACAAGGGGAGCAUAUUGCUGCUUAUAAGAUCAACUACACCAGGUGGCUGUGUUACUGCCAUGUACCUGUCUUCUGCGACAGCCUCCCUAAACAUGACACAACAACAGUGUUUGGCAGAACCUUACUCCGAUCUGUCUUCUCUGUCAUGAGAAGGCAGCUGCUUGACAAAUUUCGAGCAGAGAAAGACAAGAUGCCAGCAGAUAAAAGAACCAUUGUCCUUACUCAUUUUCCAAGAUUCUUGUCGAUGCUUGAGGAGGAAGUCUAUGGAGAGAAUUCACCAAUCUGGGACGAUGACUUUGCUGUUCCCCAGUCAAUAUCAAUCAACUCUUCCCGAUCACUCUCACCACUGGUUUCUUUCACCUCACUCACUGAUUCCUCGACAUCCACCAGUGGUUUAGGUACGACUUCAUCCACCACGUCUUCUCCUAUUCUUAAUUUAUCAACUUCGAGUUCUCCAACAAUUGAAG